AAGAGAAGCCACUGCAAUGAGAAGCCCACGCACCACAAUGAAGAGUAGCCCCCCGCUCACUGCAACUAGAGAAAGCCCGCGCGCAGCAAUGAAGACCUAACACAGCCAAAAAUAAAUAAAUAAAUAAAAAAGGCUCAGGGAUUGAUGAAUUUGGACUAACAAUUCCAAUUAAUUAUGUAAACCAGUAAGAAAGAGUGAGAUCUUGUUUUCAAUUGAUGUGAAAAUGUACCCAGAACCUAGAAAGAAUGAUGCCUGGUAGAAAGGAUUAAAGAAGAGAUUCUCUUUCUUAUUGAGAAAUAGAAUAUAUUGUAGUUAAAAUUUGAGUUUUGAAAUUGGAGGGCACUAUUUUUUUAUUUUUGGCUGCAUUGGGUCUUCAUUGAUGCACGCGGGCUUUCUCUAGUUGCAGCAAGCGGGGGCUACUCUAUGUUGCGGUGCGCCUGCUUCUCAUUGCGGUGGCUUCUCUUGUUGCCUAGCAUGAGCUCUAGGCGUGCGGGCUUCAAUAGUUGUGGCGCACGGGCGUAGUUUCUCCGCGGCAUGUGGGAUCUUCCCGGACCAGGGCUCGAACCCGUGUCCCCUGCAUUGGCAGGCGGAUUCUUAACCACUGCGCCACCACGGAAACCCUGGAGGGCACUAUUGGGCUGAAGUUUUAAUUGCUUAAUUGAAGCCAUGAAGUUUAAAAAAUUUUUAUUUUAAAGUGAGACUGACUUUUAUUGAACUUGGAUUAAGAGAAAAUGCGAUGAAUCAGAAAGAGACAAAGUUCUACUUCCUUAAUAAGUGGGUCAGUUAUUUGCUUUGACUGAGAUGUCACUAAUUUUGUGUGGGCUUUGAGUCUAGAGGGGUUAUCUAACUCAAAGCUUCAUAAACUUUUUUGUUCAUGGACCUCACUGAAAAUCUUUUGUAUGUCAUGAGAUACUCUCCCCAGACAUGCACAUGAGUAUACCUUUUGUACAUGAUUUCAAGAGGUUCAGAGAUCCUUGAAUCCUAUCCAUGGGUCCCGAUCUAGCCUUAUUUUAGUGUUGUUACAUAAUGUAUUUUAAUUUAAAAUUUGUUGUUGAUAAUUACCAUUUCAACAUAAGUAAUUGUGACUUUAAUAAGGGUAUGACUAUCAGGUCUGAGCUUCAUCAUAAAAUGGCAUUUUGAGAAGCUAAUGAAAUAUUAUGUUAUUUGGUAGUAUCAGGAAAAAGGGUACAGACUUGACUGGUGGGUAUCAAACAUCCUACUGGAAUGUCCUGUUCUUAAUUUUCUAAUCCCCCUAGCCACCCAGGCAAGCAGCCACAAUUUAUCCCUAUCUGUGAUGAUAGAAUUUUACUUGUCAGGGAUAUAUGGAUAGUUACACUUAAUACUUUAUUUGCUAUCUACUGAUAUUUCCAUGCUGUUUCUACUUUUAUCAGUUUUAUUAAAGAAAGAGUAUGACCAAGCAAAUGCCCAGCAACGUCAAUUUACCCUAAUAAGUGCACUUUACAUCUAGGAGAUUUGGAAUACAUUCUUUUGUGUCACGGUGAGCCUUAAACACUGUCAGCAUGUUCAGUUAUUUAUACUCUUCAGCUCUGGGAGGGCUGGGAAACAUCGUUUUCCCUUUUUCUUCAUCCUCUUAAGGUAUCAACACUGGGAAUCUGUCCACCUGCUUAGCUCAUUCAAAAAACAGUGGUUUAUGGUCAUUUUAGAUCAGUAGUAGUACACUUUGGGCAAAAGGCCUUGUUUGAAUCAUAGACUAUGACUUCUUCCUUUUAAAAAUGAGCGAAGGCCUCGCCUCCGCCCCAGGCUCAUGCGAGCUGGGUGUUUCCUGUGUCUCUCAGUCCGGGUUUGGAGACUGCAGUGUCUUCCAGCUUUUCAUGGAAGAGAUAUCAGGAGAAAGUGUGGUGAGCUCAGCAGUACCAGUGGCUGCGACCCACACCACUUCGUUCAAGGGCACGAGCCCCAGCUCCAAGUACAUGAAGCUGAACAUGGGCGGAGCCCUGUACUACACCACCAUGCAGACGCUGACCAAGCAGGACACUAGGCUGAAGGCCGUGUUCAGCAGGUGCAUAGAGAUGCUCACGGACAGUGAAGGCUGGAUCCUCAUUGACGAGUGUGAGAAGCUCUAUGGUACGAUACUCAAUUACCUUUGUGACGGGGCGGUCCCCUUGCCCGAGAGCCACCGGGAGACUGAGGAGCUGCAGGAAGAAGCCAAGUACUAUCUGGUCCAGGGCCUGGUGGAAGAGUUCCAGGCAGCCCUGCAAAACAAAGAUACUUAUGAGCCUUUCUGCAGAGUUCCUGUUAUCACCUCAUCCAAGGAAGAACAGAAACUUAUAGUGACUUCAAAUAAGCCAGCCGUGAAGUUGCCCUACAACAGAAGUAACAACAAAUACUCGUAUACCAGCAAUUCUGACGACAAUAUGUUGAAGAACAUCGAACUGUUUGAAAAGCUGUCUCUGUGCUUUGAUGGAAGGGUCCUGUUCAUAAAGGAUGUCAUUGGGGAUGAAAUCUGCUGCUGGUCCUUCUACAGCCAGGGCCACAAGAUCGCUGAAGUCUGCUGUACCUCUAUCGUCUACACCACGGAGAAGAAACAGACCAAGGUGGAGUUCCCCGAAGCCCGGAUCUAUGAGGAGACCCUGAAUAUUUUGCUGUAUGAGGCCCAGGAUGACCGGGGACCUGACAGCGCGCUUCUGGAGGCCACAGGUGGGGUGGCCGGUUGCUCCCACCACCUGGACGAGGAUGACGAGUGGGAGCGGAUCUACAUUGCCCAGAUCUGUUGAAGGGGCAGGCCUGUUGUCCCUUCGGCUGAUCUGUGGUCUGGUGCUUGUUGGGACCCCGCAGGGUCUGACCAAGGGCAAAGCUGCCCCUUCCCCUGCCCUCCUUGUUGACCCACUCCAUCCUGGGAAGGCCGCCUGGCCUGCUCACAGGCAUAGUGCACAAACCACUGCCCGGUGGGCUCCAUUCCUUCCUCCUCGGCCUUCUGCCCCGUUAAGCGGGGCUUACUGCCCCCAGCGGAUGCCCUGCCCUUUGCUUAGAAGAAAUUAAACACAGCCCCAGACUCUGUUCUGGCGUUCAGACAGGACCACCGCUCACACCAGCAGCCUCAGGAUGGCUCGCCUGCUGUCAAUGUAGCUGUCACCUGGAAAUCUCUUCCUGUCUCUGCUUCUGAUUCUUACACAGUGUGGAGCGGCCUUCAGCGAGUAGACCAAGAGGACAUGCAGAUCCCUUUGGGUCCAGUCAGUGUGUGUGUUCAUGUUAGUUUAAGGGACGUGUGCGACUGUGGAUGAGGAUGUGUGCCCGUGGGGCCUGGGUGGCCCGCACUGGAUCCCUGCUGUCUGCACGGCGCUUGUGUGGGACGGACGUUCUCGGUUACCUACUUCCCUGUCUCCUCUGUGUCCAUGACGCACAGGGGGAGUGGUGACGAAUGUGGGUGGUUGAGACUAGGCUGGUAGAGUAGUUCCAAGGAGAUUCGGUUGUGUGUUAAAGUAUGGGUGGGCUUUUUUUUAAAAUAUAAAUUUAUUUGUUCAUUUUUGGCUGUGUUGAGUCUUCAUUGCUGUGCACGGGCUUUCUCUAGUUGCGGCAAGCAGGGGCUGCUCUUCGUUGUGGUGUGCAGGCUUCUCAUUGCAGUGGCUUCUCUUGUUGCGGAGCACAGGCUCCAGGCGUGCGGGCUUCAGUAGCUGUGGCACACAGGCUCAGUAGUUGUGGCUCGCGGCUCUAGAGCUCAGGCUUAGUAGUUGUGGCACAUGUGCUUCAUUGCUCCGCGGCAUGUGGGAUCUUCCUGGACCAGGGCUUGAACCCGUGUGCCCUGCAUUGGCAGGCGGAUUCUUAACCACUGCGCCACCAGGGAAGCCCAGGAUGGGUUUUGUCUGCUCUUUGAGGGAAACAUUACUGUUUUAUGCCAAAAGUAUUAAUACAGGCAGCCUUUGAUAGAGUGUGUUCCAAAAAAACGA